AUGAGAAGUGAGAGUGACAGUGAUGAUAACGAACUGGACCAUAGGUCGUCGCGACGGAAACAUAGACAUUCAAAAAGCCACUUAGAACGGAAUUUGGCUAGAGAUCGCGAGCGGAGCCGAUCUGAAUCACCAUCAAAUGAUGAUGAAAACCGAGCUGGUCGCAGAAAAGAAGCAAAAAAGCGAAGAAUUGAAGAGCUUAUAGCAACAAAAGUGACUGAAAUUCUGAGUCAAAUUCAACCGACUAUAAAUGACCCCUCUUCGGCUAGCAGUACACAGCAAUCAACCUCAAGGUCUUCAAGUGGUAUAAAUUUUGCAAAAAGUGAAAUUGUUCCUAUUUUCGACCCUGAAAUUGGCGACGUCAACUCUCAAAAUUGGCUGAACAAAAUUGAGCAGCUUGGAAUGAUUCACCAUUGGGACGACGCUACAAAAUCGUAUUUUAUGCAAUCAAAAUUGUCCGGUAUAGCCAAAUUGUGGUACAAUGGCCUUCGAGAAUAUAGCAAAUCAUGGGUAGAUUGGAAAAAUGCAUUGUUAAAAGCGUUUCCGUCGCAUGAGAAUUUUGUGGACAAUUUGAAAUUGAUGCUGGAUAGAAAAAAACAACCUGAUGAGACAAUAUUACACUAUUAUUAUUCAAAAUGCGUGUUAAUUAGAAAGUGUGAUAUAUCGGACGUUAAUGCAACUUCCUGUAUAAUUGAUGGACUUCCCCACGAGCAUCAGGCAACUGCCAAAUCUGCUUAUAUCAAAACCCCAGAAGAAUUAUUCCAGGGAUUUUUGUGCAAACUAGCCAACACUCCUGUGCUACAAAAAAGUGAGAAAAACAUGAAAACGGAUUUAGCCAAAUGUCAUGUUUGUAAAAAAGGUGGACAUUUAGCUCGUAACUGUUUUUUUAGAGAUGCUAGUGCAGGACCAUCUGGACAAUCAAAAUUUAGUGAAUUCAAAAAACCGGGAGAUUUCAAGUCAGGGGGCGCUAAAAGAAUUAAAGAGUGUUCCCACUGCAACAGGAAGGGACAUGUGAAAGAAGAUUGUUGGCAUUUGAACCCGGCUAAAGUACAACUAUUACAAAGGCAAGUACCAAAUAGUAGUUAUAUGAUUGAUGUUUCUAUAAAUAAUAAUACUUUCAAAGGGUAUUUAGAUACAGGGAGCCAAAUUAAUGUUGCAAAUAUUACCGUAAUGGAUAAACUCAACAUUAAGUUGGAACCAUCGAAUAUUGUAGUUAAAGGUUUUGAUCAUGGAGCCGAAAAUCAUCCGAUAAGAAGACGAGGACGUCUAACUAACCAGGAUGGCCGAGUGUGA